AUGUCUGACACUCGAUAUAAAUUAUUAUGCGAAGAUGAAAUGGAGGAAGAAGUUUCAAAUGUUAUCAUAAAAAUCAAGCAUUCAAGUAGACUCAAAAAUGUUUUAUUCUUUAUUUUUGGAAUGGUAUUCUGUUAUAUUGUUUUAUUACAUGUGCAAAGUGAAAGAGUGAGUUCCUAAGAAUUUCAAUUUUAUUUUUUUUUAAUUACAAUCAAUACAAUAUUUUCAGCAAAUGGUGGAUUUGAAAUCUUUGAAAGAAAUGCUGGUGAAACCUUUUGUUUUUCAAAAAUUCGAGAAUUAUGAAGAUUUUUAUUUCACAAAGUAAGCUGGACAAAUUUGACAAUCAGAUAAUUAUUUGAUUUUUUCCAGAGAUGAAUCACGAUUCUUAAAUUGUUCCCAAAUAUCAAAUGGUUCAAAAGAUGCAAUUGACAAUUAUGUGAAUAAUGGGAGACUAAAACUCGAACGCGAAAAACUUCUGGAACUUCCGAUGGAUUGUGAAAAUAUAAAAACAAGAAUACGCGGAGAUAUUUCAUCAUUUUCAAAACUUGAAAGACCAAUUGCUUUUGUCAGAAAUAUAUUUACAGUGAGUAAAUACUUCUUUUUGAUUUUUUUUUGAAAAUAUGUGAAUUUCCAGCUUUAUGAAUUUCAAGAAAGUCUUAUCUCAUUGAAUUAUCAUCCAGAUAAUACUUACUGUUUUUCCAUUGAUUUCAAAUCAGUUCAUCGACUUUCUGAAAAUAUGCAAUCACUUUCAAAAUGUCUCCCGAAUAUUGUCAUAAAUCCAACGAAAUAUUCAUUUGACUCAUCGGGACAUUUUCAAGAUCGAGCACAUUUUGAUUGUCUCAAAAUGAUUUUGAAUAGCACUUGGAAUCAUGCUUUACUCUUACAGGUGAGAAAUUAUUUAUUGAUUUUUUUUUUUGGAAGAUUUGUGAAAUUGUUUCAGAAUUACGAUAUAGUUCUCAAAUCAUCUGAACAGUUAUCGGAUCUCAGUGAAAUGUUGAAUUAUACAAGUAUUAUGGGAUUGGAAUAUGGAUUUCAAGGAAGAUAUAAAGGAGAUGCUAAUUGGACACCGGCUGGUUUGAAACUUUUCAAAAAUGGUAAUUCAAAAUUAAAUCAAGUGGAUCAUUUUUAUUGAUACAUUUUUUUGCAGAAAAAGGAGUGCCAGAUGAAAUUCUACAUACACCGUUGAAAAUUCGUAAAGGACUCAAUGAAGUAUUUUUGUCGAAAACAUUUGUCGAUUCACUUUUCGAUAAAUUAAACUUGGAUCCAAUUUUGGAUUUAUUCGACAAUAAUAAAAUGUAUGGAGUUGAUGAAAUGUUAAUUCAAACUUUAUAUGAAAAUUAUUUGGGACUUGAAGGACAAAUGACUUCGAAUUGCACGAAAUCACAAUCGGAUAAUUUGACAAGACAAACUGAUUGGAAUUUUAGUGGGCCGAAUGGAUAUGAUAAACAUUGUAGAUCAAAAUGGAAGAGGCAUGGGAUAUGUAUUAUUGGAGUGGAAUAUUUGAAAAGUUUUUCAACUAGUAAUCGAAUUACAGGUAACAUUCAUAAAUUUAGUAAUUUUCAAAAAAAUUUUUUUUUCAGCGAAUAAAGUUCUUGAUAACUUUGAUUUUGGUCCAAUAAUUUGUUUGCGUCAAAUGAUUCGAGAAGGAAAAACAAGUGGAAUUCCGGAAGAUGCAUUAAAUUGGUCACCACAAUAUCGAGAAAUGAAAUUGAAGCAAAAUGGAACUUAUGUUAAAGAAAAAUUUGUUUGUUAG